UUACCUGUCAGUUGAGGCGAGCAAGCAAAAGUGUUCAAUGCCGAAUGUACCUGUGUACAUUUGAUAUGCAAUUUUAAAAUUAGUGUAAAAGUGUAUUUUGUGCCGCUAAAUUGGUGAACGGGUGCAUAAGUAUGGCAGUCGAUUUUUAGUGUUGAUGGAGUAUAACCGCUAACUCUCUACAGUAACCAAAUAAGAAUUUACUGUUACUAGUACUAAGAGUACGUUUGAAGCGGAACAAAGAAAAUUAACACGAUGGCAUAUCGCAACGGCUACUCGAGGGAUGAUAGGGACUUGGAUCGGGACAGGGGUAGAGACCUUAGGGACGAUUCGGGAAAACCACCAGUACAUAUUAUCGAACAUUUGGCAACGUUUAGCGUGUCGCAAGAAACUGGGAUUAUUUAUCCUCUCGACGGGAUGAGGAGGUUGAGACAAAUGGAACAGACGAAUGGAAUAUGGUCGCAGAAAAUGCAACUUUGUCUGGAUCAUCCUUGGGUGUUGAUAAUGGACGAAUCAGGGAGUGUUGUCGAAAGAUUUCCCGCAAAUGCUAUUCAAGAUCCGACAGCUUUCAUGAGUCAAGAUCCGAUGGAUAUGUACAAUAACAUCUUAGUCUUCAUUAUAGCGGAUUCGAGUCAAUCGCCACACUCUCCCGAAAUGCAAAUGCACAUUUUUCAGUGUCAAAGUAUAUCAGCACAAGACCUAGCGGAGGAUUUAAAACAAUUAAGGAUCGGAAAAGCUUUAACGCGAAGCCGCAAGAGUAGCAUCCCUCCCCCGUCGCACAAACCACCCCAGAACGUGAUAAACCCCGCUAGAGACCAUUCAAGAGACUAUAUGAUUCGGUCAGAUUCAGAAUUGACGGAAAACAAUGACGAUUCCAGUUCCACGACGAGUGAAAAAUACGAAAGGGACGUCACCAUUUUAAAUCAUUGUUUCGAUGACAUCGAGAAAUUUAUAGCUAGGCUCCAACAUGCAGCGGCAGCUGUUCGGGAGCUGGAAAGAAGACGAAAAACUAGGAGGAAUAAAAAACGAGAUAUGGGAGAUGGAAUGCUAACGAUGAGAUCUAGACCGCCUCCUGAGAAAGAGUUUGUCGAUAUAUUUCAGAAGUUCAAGUUGUCUUUUAAUCUUCUAGCUAAAUUGAAAGCACAUAUUCAUGACCCUAACGCACCCGAAUUGGUACAUUUUCUCUUCACUCCUUUGGCUUUGAUAGUUGAAGCUUCCCACGAUCAUUACUUUGAUCAGCAGAUUCCGCACAACGUUAUAUCCCCAGUUCUUACGAGGGAGGCGAUAAACUUGUUAAUGAAUUGCGUCACAAGCAAAGAAACAGAAUUGUGGCAUUCUCUGGGUAGCGCUUGGCUAAUUCCUCGAGAUCAGUACAGGGGUCACGUGCCUGCUUAUCAUCCAGUUUUCAUGGACGGAUGGUCUCCCGAGUAUCCAGUGGAUGAACCUGAUUCGGAAAAUAAACCAUAUCCAGCUGAAGAGCACUAUAAAGAUGACGACUCUGAUAGAGACAUAAUGCCGCCAGUAGGCGAGAGCACCGCUAGAAGUGACAUUUCAGCCGAUUCGAUAGAAAGAAACGGGGGUGAAGAAAGAGGCUUCGGGAGUGGACAGGAGAGGUUUUUGGAGGACUUGCAGAGUCGUGGAGCCCACAUCGUCCAAGUUACUUACCCACGAACGGCAAACAACGACAAGGAGUUGACUGUAGUUAGAGGAGAGUUUCUAGAGAUAUUAGAUAGCAGCCGGAAGUGGUGGAAAGCCAGAAACAGCAAGGGACAAAUUGCUCACGUACCCAAUACUAUUGUCACACAGUAUCAUUCAAGUGGGCCUAUGGUAAGCAUUACCAUGAAUCCGCUAUAUACUCAACAGUAUGGUAGCAGAAUUACAGAUAAGGAUGAUUCACCCCCGAUUAGUCGAUAUAACGCUGGCCAAAGCAGCAGCGAUGACCAUAGGCCACCCUUGAAAAACUCCGCUGAAAUGAUUAGAAAUGAAAGGAUCGUUUUGGAAAAAACCAUUAAAGUCACUGCAUUACCACCUCCCCCACCCCCUCCGCCAUCAGUUCCCGCACCACCACCAAUACCUCUAGAAGCCCCAAAACCCUUGGAAGAAUCACCCGCUUUAAAGAGAACCCAGUCCAGGCAAUCUAUAGUAUCAACCUUAUCAAUGGGUGAUAAAAUGCAGGAGGAAUUGGCUAGCGUGUUAACUCUAGUAAGGGAUAGGGAAAAACAAAGAGCCGUGCUGGAUAUUAAAUCGACUCCGGAAAUGUAUAUAAAUCAAAAGUCAAGUUCCAAAGAUGUUCAAGAAUGGUUAAAGGCCAAAGAGUUCGAUGAAAACAUUUGUGCCAAAUUUAAGGGUCUAUCGGGGUAUCAUCUAUUCGAUAUGCAGAAAUUUGAAUUGGAAAAGAUAUGUGGUGCUAAAGAAGGACAUAGGCUCUAUUCCCAGCUCUUAGUUCAGAAAUCUGUUAGUGGGUUCCAAACGGUAAGGACAACUGAGCUAAAAGCGAUUUUAGCCAAGGCGAGGAAAAAGAUUGAGACAAACCGAAUAAACGGAGAUGAAGCUUAAACAUUCUAGUUGAUAUUUAUAUGAACUAAAGGUUUUACGAGAUUACCUACUUAUAAUUACUCACUUAUUAUUUUAUAUAGUCAAAUAUUUUGUUUAGGUUGUUUUAUUGUACAUAGGGUAUCUGUAUCUGAAUGAUUUAAUAAAGUAAUUAAGCCUAAUAUUAUUUACAAAUAGAUAA